AUGCAGCCGCGCCGGCAGCAGCAGUCCAUCCUCUCCUUCCUCCACCCGCGCCGGACCCCGGCGGGGGACCCCCUCGGUCCCGCCGCCGGCUCGACCCCCGAGAGGCCCCCGCGCCCCCCCGCCGCGGCCUCCGUCGACGGCAUCAUGGAGAGGCUCGCGCGGCCGCCGUCGCAGGCGAGAAACAAAGACGCCGCCCAGGUUAGACAUGUUGAGGACAGAGCCUUGCCUGGUAAAAAUCAACGUAUCUCAGAUGAGCGCCCAAGUGCAUUAUUCUCCGGACCAUACAGUGACGAGUAUAGCAGAGAAACUACGCUAUUCGCAGAUGUCAGUCCUCUGCAGGAGCCGCUGAAAUGCUCCACGACUUCUUCCAUGGAUAAAUUUGUUAGAGCAAGCACACUGUUCCCAGAACCUGGUUCAGAUGAAACUCUGUUUCAGGAGUGUCCGAAGAAGUUAUCCUCAGAGUCCCCCAAUAAUCAGUACACUACAGCUGCUUCGAUAUUUGAAGAAUUUGAUGUACAAACUCCUUCCCAGGACCCCUUGAGGAGGAACUUCUCUGGGCCGUUUCGUGGAGCAGAUACACCUUUAUCAGAGUAUGGUUCAGAUCCAACUCAGCAUCCAUCGAAGAAGUUACCAUUGGUUUCCUCAAGUGGUGAACAGGUCAGAGCAGCGACACCACUUGGACUUGGUUCAGAUGACUCUCCUACAAUGAAUCACUCAAAGAAGCUAUUCACUGGAUCUUCAGACUCUUCAUACAUUAAGGCAACAAAUCUGUUUGCGGAUUUUGAUUCGAAUGGAACUCCACUGCAGAACCAGUCGAAAAAGUUCCCAGUUUUUCUGAACGCUAAACAUACUGGAGCACCUGCUACACUAUUUCCGGAACUUGAUUCUGUUUCUCUGAAACCAGAAACGCCACUGACGCGAGCAGUGACUCCUCGUGCCAAGCGAGUUCAACAGGACCACUCUCCUUUGUGGGGUUCAAACAAGAAGGUGAAAUCAGCCCAAUGUUCUCCAGUGGAGAAGAUGGUUCAAGAUGAAAUGGCUGAAGGUGCACGUAGUAAAUUUGAAUGGCUGAAUCCUCCGAAUAUCAGGGAUGCAAAUAAAAGGCGGCCAGAGGAUCCACUUUAUGACAAGAGAACUCUUUUCAUUCCACCUGAUGCACUGAGAAAGAUGUCAACAUCUCAAAAGCAAUACUGGACUGUUAAGUGCAAAUAUAUGGAUGUUGUCCUCUUUUUCAAAGUGGGAAAAUUUUAUGAGCUCUAUGAAGUAGAUGCCGAGGUUGGUCAAAAGGAACUUGACUGGAAAAUGACUAUCAGUGGUGUGGGCAAAUGCCGGCAGGUUGGCAUUUCAGAGAGUGGGAUAGAUGAUGCUGUUGAGAAGCUUUUAGCUCGGGGAUAUAAAGUUGGAAGGAUAGAACAAAUGGAAUCUGCAGUACAGGCAAAAGCUAGAGGACCAAAUUCAGUUAUUGAAAGGAAGUUAGUUCAUGUUUCCACACCAUCAACUGCAGCUGACAGCAAUAUAGGGGCUGAUGCUGUUCACCUUCUUGCAUUGAAAGAGGUUACCCUAGCUUCUAAUGGUUCUCGGGUGUAUGGAUUUGCUUUUCUAGAUUAUGCCGCUCUUAAAAUAUGGGUGGGUUCACUCGAGGAUGAUGAUUCAUCUGCAGCUUUGGGGGCUUUGCUGGUGCAGGUGUCUCCGAGGGAGAUAAUCUAUGAAUCCUCAGGCCUCUCAAGAGAAAGCCGUAAAUCUAUGUUAAAAUAUGCCUCAGCAGGCUCUGUGAAAAUGCAGCUGACCCCAUUAUCUGGGGCAGAUUUCUCUGACGCUUCACAAAUUAAAAUGCUAGUGCAUUCUAAAGGGUACUUUAAAGCAUCAACAGAUUCUUGGUUAUCUGCAUUGGAUUAUUCAGUGAAUCAAGAAGCAGUUAUUUGUGCACUUGGUGGACUUAUUGGUCAUUUGACUAGACUUAUGCUAGAGGAUGCUCUAAAAAAUGGGGAAGUGUUACCUUACAACGUGUACCAAACUUGUCUAAGGAUGGAUGGUCAGACUCUUGUGAACCUGGAGGUUUUCAGCAAUAGUUUUGACGGGGGCUCAUCAGGUACUCUGUACAAGCACCUCAAUCACUGCAUAACUGCAUCCGGUAAACGGCUUCUAAGAAGAUGGAUAUGCCAUCCACUAAAGGAUGUCAAUGCUAUAAAUAGGAGGCUUGAUAUUGUUGAGGGCUUCAUUCAAAAUUGUGGGGUAGGCUCUAUUACACUUGAGCAUCUCCGGAAAGUUCCUGACCUUGAGAGGUUACUUGGACGAGUUAGAUCCACCGUGGGGUUAACAUCUGCUGUUAUGUUGCCCUUUGUUGGAGAUAAGAUAUUAAAAAGACGGAUUAAAACGUUCGGUAUGCUUAUCAAGGGCCUUCGGGUUGGAAUCAACUUAUUAAGUGUCUUACGAAGAGAGGACCAUGGUAUCUCAGCACUGUCAAAGUCAGUGGAUAUUCCAACCCUGAGCUCUCUCGAUGAACUAGUUCAUCAAUUUGAAGAGGCUAUAGACAAUGACUUUCCACGGUACCAGGAUCAUGAUAUCGAAGACGAUGAUGCUAACACCUUGGCUAUUUUGGUGGAACUAUUUGUUGGAAAAGCUUCUGAAUGGUCUCUGGUGAUCAAUGCCAUCAGUGUUGUUGAUGUCCUUAGGUCCUUCGCAGCAAUGGCAUUGUCGUCAUCUUGUACCAUGUGCAGACCACGUGUUCUGGUGAAAGACAAAGUGCCGAUACUUCGGAUGAAGGGUCUAUGGCAUCCCUAUGCUUUUGCAGAAAGUGCAACUGGGCCUGUGCCAAAUGAUUUAUCUCUUGGCCAGGAUUUAUCUGGUCAGAAUCGCUUUGCAUUUUUGUUGACUGGUCCAAAUAUGGGAGGCAAGUCUACUAUAAUGCGUGCCACCUGCUUGGCUAUUUUACUUGCCCAGCUUGGAUGUUAUGUCCCCUGCACAUCAUGUGAAUUGACCCCUGCUGACUCCAUGUUUACGCGGCUUGGUGCGACAGAUCGGAUUAUGUCUGGAGAAAGCACCUUUCUCGUGGAAUGUACUGAGACUGCAUCUGUUCUUCAGAAUGCAACCGAGGAUUCUCUUGUCUUGCUUGAUGAGCUUGGCAGAGGAACUAGCACAUUUGAUGGAUAUGCAAUUGCAUAUGCUGUAUUCCGCCACCUGGUGGAACAGGUGCGGUGCCGUCUGCUCUUCGCCACGCACUACCACCCUCUCACAAAGGAGUUCGGCUCCCACCCCCACGUGAGCCUCCAGCACAUGGCUUGCAUGCUCAGGCCAAAGAGCGGAGGCAGCGGCGAGAAGGAGCUCACCUUCCUCUACCGGCUUGCAUCAGGCGCCUCCCCGGAGAGCUAUGGCCUGCAGGUCGCUACAAUGGCAGGGAUCCCGAUGUCCACAGUGGAGAAGGCGUCAGUCGCAGGCCAGAUGAUGAAGUCGAAGAUCGCUAGGAACUUCAAGUCGAGCGAAGGGCGAGCGGAGUUCUCCACCCUCCACGAGGACUGGCUGAGGACGAUCCUGGCGAUCGGUGGUGUCAAGGACGGGCACCUGGACGAGGACACCAUGGACACGAUGUUCUGCGUCGCCCAGGAGCUGAAGUCCCACUUCCGGAAAGGAGGGAGAUGAGCGCAAGUCGCCACUCACCACUAAUUUAUCAUUGUUUAGAUCUGUUUCAGUGUCGUGUCUUUAUUUGCAUGUUUAUGUCAUCUUUGGCAUCGGUAGAUGUAGCUAGUCUGCAGUUUUGAUGGCAUGUGUUGCGUACUGUCAACAGUCGACCGUCUUUAUGAUCUUGUAUAUAAGCUCGUUUGCCUUGGUAUUUA